AUGGCCGAUGAGCUUUCGCGGUUGGGUGUGAGCUGGGUGGAGGAGUCCGUUCUGCGGAACGAUGUGGUGGCGAAGGUUGAUGCACACGUGGACGCGGAGUCUGCUGCCGAUGAGGCGGAGUUGCGUCGCCGUUGGGCUGCACUCGACGAGAUGGAGCGCGUCGUCGCGGGAGUGCAGCAGCAGGUGGACGCCGCAGCAGGAGUAGCAGGAGCACCGCCGGGGGUGACGGUGGUGGGGAGGGACAAGACAAAAGAUGAAGAGGAUGGUGUAGCAGUGCUGCGGUUUCGCCUUGCGAGGGCGCAACGGGAGGUGGAGUGCCGUGCGAAAUUGCUGCACCGUUGGCAGCUCGAGAUGGAGGCACGACAGCAGCGACGUGUGGAGGAGGCGAAGCGGCGUAUAAAAGUGGCAGAGCUGGCGAAUGCAGUGGAGAAGCGAGCGCACGUUCCUGGGACCGCAGGAACAUCCACGAGCAAUAACAACGAUAGUGGCGGCGUCCCUGGCGUUGCUGUAGGUCGCUUACACGCGGCAGCUUCCUUGGGAGCACUCACACACGCUCCUUCCACGCCAGCAGAGGGUCGCGAUGUGGCACGUGGGGCGAGAUAUCCACUGCGGGCCAGCGAAACGCCGCGCAGUGCCGCGUUGGCCGUGCAGUCCGGUGUGGCGACAGAGCUACGGCGCCGUAGUGGAAGUGGUGGAGUGAAUAGUAGUGGAGCAGUGGUGCCCUUGACGACGGUGGAGUAUGCUGGUGGGACCAUCCUCCCUUCAUUGCACCGUGUCACACUGACGAACUCUGAUGUGCGGUCAAAGUCGAGAAAAUAUGCUGAUGAUGGUGACCUUGAGGCGUUCCGCGCGCGGCAGGAAAAACGGAAGCGGUUGGAAGCGGCCGCUGCUAGCAUGGCCGCUGUACAGUCAGCAUCAUCAUCGCGUGGUGGUGUGAAAGUGGAGGAGAAACUUGACGAAAAGAAAUAUGUGGUGAAGAGAGAGGAAAAGGAGGCAGAGACAACUGGCGCCAGUCGAAUGGAAGCCAUUGACGUGGAUGCACUCAUGGAGGAUUCGGAUGAUGCGGCAGGUGAGGAGGUGCUGCAGCAGGUAUUCCAAGGUGGUAGCGACCGCAACAAGAAAAACGACAAGAGUAAAAGGGAUGAGAACGACGGCGUGAUGGUGAAGCAGGAGUCGUGCGAGAGGUUUGUGACGUUGGUGCCUGGAAUCUCGUUAGCGGCGUCGAUUCACGACCGCCUACUUCCACAUCAGCACGAGGGCGUUUGUUGGCUGCUGCAGCUUCACAUGCAGAGGUCUGGUGGCAUUCUUGGGGAUGAAAUGGGGCUUGGCAAGACGAUACAAGUAGCGUCCAUGCUGAACGCCCUCCAUCACUCCCAGAAGCUGCGCGGCCCAUGUCUGAUUGUGUCCCCGCUGACUGUGCUUCGGCAGUGGGUGGCGGAGAUGCACCGCUGGGCACCGUACAUGCGCACCUGCGUCAUGCACGAGAGCAGCGCAUCGAAUAUGAGCCGCGAGGAUCUCGUUGCGUCCAUUCGGGGUACAGCGGCGGUUCUCCUCACAACGUACACAGCGGUGCGACAGCACUGUCAGCUCCUGCACACUGCGGGGUUUCAGUAUGUCGUGCUCGAUGAGGGCCACAAGAUCAGCAACCCAGAGGCGACCGUCACACUCGCGGUGAAGUCGUUUCCAACACCACAUCGUCUCAUCUUGUCUGGAACACCCAUACAAAAUACUCUGAAAGAGCUCUGGUGCCUGUUUGAUUUUGUCAGGCCUGGUCUGCUCAGCACCAUGAACAAGUUUGUGGAGGAGUUUGAGGAGCCGAUUAACGCCAGCAAGAAUGUGCGGGCGUCAUCACUGAUGCUUGCGACCGCCGUCGAAUGCGCGCGUGCGCUGCAGGAGCGCAUUGCACCAUUUCUUCUUCGUCGGCUGAAACGGCAGGUCAUGAGUCACGCGUUGCCGCAGAAGUACGAGCGCGUCAUUCGCUGCCCGCUGAGUGACGAGCAGUUGGAAGCAUAUGUGGAGCUGCUAAUGUCGCCACGUGUGCAGAGACUACUUAGCAACACGCUCUCGUACACGCAAAUGAUGGGCAAACUGAACCGCGAUGGUCGCGACGCGAGUGGCUGCCUUCAUACGGCCGGACGACGCUACCAAUUGAUGCAGCAGCACCACAACGGCAGCGUUCGCUUAGAAGCCUUCCGUGUACUGAAUGAACUGCGGCAGAUUUGCAACCAUGUCGACAUGUUCCGCUUGCGGCAGGUUGCUGCCAAUGGCGACGACAUAUUUGAUGACGAUGAUGAUGACUGCGUCGGCAAGGAUGAGGCUGGGGCAAAACGGCGGCGCCCCGCGUCGCGCCCGUCACUGCGCAGCAACCGCGCUGUGAACUACCAGGGUAGUGGAAAACUGCAGACGCUACGCAAGCUUCUGACGGUGUGGCAGCGCGGCGGGCAGCGGGUGCUGAUCUUUUCACAAACCCGCAUGGUACUCGACAUCAUUGAGAAUAUGUGCGAGCAAGAGGGUUUCACCUACAUCCGCAUGGACGGCAGCACGAGCGGCCACCACAGGCAGGAGCUCAUGGACCGCUUCAACGAGGACGACCGCAUCGUAGCGGCGCUGCUCACCACCCGUGUGGGUGGCGUUGGUGUCAACCUUAUCGGCGCCGACCGCGUCGUGUUGUUUGAUCCCGAUUGGAACCCCGUCACGGAUGAGCAGGCGCGCGAGCGGGCAUGGCGUAUAGGGCAGACACGUGACGUGGGUGUCUACCGACUCAUCGCCAGUGGCACCGUGGAGGAGGCGAUUCUGCGCCGGCAACUAGCAAAGAUGUAUGUGACAGAGAAGGUCCUGCACAACCCCGCGCUGCAGCGCUUCUUUCACGAGCAGGAGAGUCUCACCGAAACGUUUUACCUCGGAGCGGAGUACGACGACCGGGUUCCGACAGGAAAGAAGCACGUCAUGGUGGCGCAGGAACUCUCACCACUCCUUGAAGAAGAGGAAGAAAAAGAGGAGGAGGCUGUGGGCACAGUAAACAGCGUGCAGGUGAAGCGAGAGAGCGGUGCGGCAGUGUACCGAGUGCGGGCGCCUGUUGACGCUGUGUCACCUGAGGCCUCUUCGCCCGCAGAUGGGCGGCGGGCGGCGACGAAUAAGGCGGAGACAGCGUUGCUACAAGAUCUCGUCGAUGGGCAGGAGGUGCGCGUGUCGGGGGCUGACGCCGUCGCGCGACGUCUUGCGCGCCUCUCCGCAUCACAGACGAUGUUGCGCGUGACGAGCACAUCUCGCACCUUUGAACAGCAGCAGGAGGAAAUGCGGCAGAGACUUGCAGCAGGUCGUGAGAGAGACGCGGAUUGA